AUGGGCAUCGACUAUGCACGAGAUGCGUACAAACACGAUGAACCAUACCAGUCCGAGGAGACCUACCGUACCCUAGGGAGAUGGCGAGCAUGUGUCAUUCUCAUCACCAUCGAGGUUGGAAUCGGUGUUUUGAGUUUGCCAUCAGCUUUGAAGACUCUCGGCCUGAUCCCAGGAAUCAUUGCACUGUUCUUCUUUGGCGCCCUUACCACCUACUGCGGCUGGAUCCUACUGUUGUUCUACCGAGCAUAUCCCAUGGUUACCAAUCUGGUAGACUGCGCUCGCUGUGUCGGAGGAAAGCCCUUUGAGGUCUCCCUGGGAAUUGUCUUUGUAAUGGAACUCGUCCUCAUCUGCGCUUCUGCGAAUAUCACACUAUCUAUCGCCCUCAACUCUAUCACUGGCCACGCUCUUUGCACCGUAAUCUUCAUGGCAAUUCCGCAUAUUGCUUGUUGGUUGCUGUGCAUUCCGAGGAAGCUCACAUUUGCCGCGUUCUUCAGCUGGAUAUGCACGGUCUCGAUUGUCGCUGCGGUUCUCAUCGUCAUGAUUGCAUUGGGUGUGUCGGGGCCAAAUGCUCCUCCCGGUUUCGAAGCCGAGAUCGUGCUCGUCGGAAAGCCAACGUUCGUUGAAGCGGUCAACGCGCUCCUCAAUAUCGCCUUCGCUUUUGCCGGAAACCAGAGCUUCAUCUCAGUCAUGGCCGAAAUGAGAGAUCCGUCAAAAGACUUCACACCAGCUUUGAUCAUGCAAAAGGGUUUCGAGGUUGUUGUUUAUGUCGUUGUGGCCUGCGUGAUCUACGCAUUGGCAGGUGAUGCUGUCACGUCUCCAGCCUUGGGAUCUGCUCCCCGACUCCCCGCGAAGAUCGCCUAUGGCAUUUUGAUCCCUUCCGUCUUGGGCACCGGCUUGCUCAUCGGUAUCACGGCCAUAAAGUACAUGUACACAGCGUUCAUGAGGAAGACGAGGCCCGACCAAGUGAACACGCACAACACAUGGACAUGGACGGUGUGGAUUACCAUUGGAACUGUGUUCUGGAUCGUGACAUUUGUCGUAUCCAACGCCAUCCCUAUCUUCAACUCCAUAUUAAGCAUCAGCGCGGCCGUCUUCAUUUCCUGGUUCACUUUUGGUCUUACGAGUUUGUUCUGGUUGCAUCUCAACUGGAAAGUACAGUUCAGCACACCCACAAAGACGUGCUUGGCAGUUUACAACUACUUGAUCAUUCUUAUGACCUUAUUCUUGAACGCCGGCGGCCUCUAUGCGUCUUUGCGUGCGCUCAUUGAUUUGUUCAAUGACCCCGACAAUUCGCUCAAUGGCCCGUUUACUUGCGGGGAUAAUAGCCUUUUCUAG